AUGAUACAUUUCAGGCAAUAUCCAACAGAAACCUUGAAACUAUUUUGCAUAAUCGAAUUUCUAAAGCAGUUUCUUGCCAAUAUUAUAUAUGGAAACUUUCAGCAUGACUUUAAGUUAAAUAACCUGCCGGUUGUUUGCGCUGCCAAUUUCUUUUAUAAGCCUGACCAGUUUUCCCAGAUCCUCACAAAUAUAGCCAGUUGCCCAUCAAAAUCUGUGUUUUUCUGGGAAUCAGGGUUGAGUCCUCGGGGCCCUCUCAACCCCCCCAGCAAAGAUGUAGCCUCAAGGAUGUCAGAGCGGCAGCUCCACGGCCCUUGUCCUCCCGCCGGACGGGACCAUUUUGAAAAACCAAUCUUGGGCCCUCCCAGCUUGGCUUCCCCGAGACCGAACCCCCAGAAUGGCUUCCACCCUCUCUACACGCAAAACAGCCCCACAAAACCUCACGUCAUCACGGUUGUGAAGCCAGGAGGGCCCACGCCCAGGAAGGUCACCCUUCUCCUCAACAGAAAGUCUGGGGCGACUUUCGAACGGCUGAUCGCUGACAUCUCAGAAGCCCUGGGCUUUCCCCCGGGGAAGAACGACCGGGUGAGGAAACUGUAUAACCUGAAGGGCAAGGAAGUUCGGAGCAUCUCAGACUUCUUCAGGGAAGGUGAUGCUUUCAUCGCCGUGGGAGGGGAGCAGUUGACCCUGAAGAACAUUCAGGCGGCCAUAGAGGAACUCUACUCCAUCACACCCCGGGCCCUUGCUUCGACCCAGAAGAGCUCGGAGUUGUCCCUGGAGCUGAAAAGCAGACUGGGGAGCAAGGUUCAGAAAGCUGACCGCCCCUGUGGAGAAAGUCCGAUCACCAAGGGUCGCUGCGAAGCUGUUGUCCCCAAGCAGGAGGGGAAAGCCAAUGGCGGGGUGAUGAGGCCAGAGGAUGAGGUGAGCCCCCAGAAGAAGUGGGGUCGGGAGAGGGGGGAGCGCGAGAAAGACGGCAAGCCCCUCAGGAAAGCCCGAGAAGAGGAGAGCCAUUUGACUCGGGAAAAGCAACACGGGAGUGAAAUGGCCACGGAGCCGGGGCAGGUGACGAGGUGUGAGAAAUGCAAGCAUGAGGGCUCCCUGCGGCAAACGCUGCAGAGGAAAGGCCUGACGGAGCUCGCCCUCGGGAACAACCAGCUGGAGUCGGGGAAGGGCCGGAGCUGUAGGAAUGUGGGAAGGAUGGGAAAGAUGAGGAGUUUCAAGGGACCCCACAAGGAGGGCUCACUGGAUGGGAAAGAAAUCACAUGGAAGAAAGACCUUGGUGACAGUAGCUGGAGAAGUGGCCCCAGCACUCCCAGCCAGGAACCGGAAAAGUCAAAAUGGAAUUUGGAGAGGAAAGAGCAGAGGGACCCAGAAAUCCACGGAAAUAACCCCGGCGCAUCUCUGAGCGUGAGGAGAGAAGACCCGGGGGAGCAGUGGAACCCAGAGGGAAGCUUGAGGGGACGACAGAAAGAUGUUCGGAGCCCGCCUAGGAGUGAGCCGAGUGGUUGGCUAGGGAGAGAAGGCUGGGAACCAGAGAAACCCUCAGUUGGCCGAAGAGAGGAGGAGGAGAAGAUGGGGAAGGCGAAGGAGAAAAGAGGCGAAGCAGGAAAAAGGGUGACGCAGGGAGAAAGUGAACACGGGCGAGCCGACCAAAGGUGGGAAUCUAAGGCGGGCACAGAAGGCAAGUCACAGGGCAUGGAGGGCAAGAAGCCGAGGCCUUGCGGCACCAGGAAGGCCGACGUGGAAAGAUACUACGAGAUUGGCCGGAACAUCGGGGAUGGGAACUUCGCCGUGGUGAAAGAGUGCCGGCACUUGGUAACCAAACAGGCCUACGCCAUGAAAAUCAUCGACAAGUCCAAGCUGAAGGGCAGAGAGGGCAUGGUGGACAGCGAGAUCGUCAUCAUCCAGAGCCUCUCCCACCCCAAUAUAGUGAGUUUGCACGAGGUAUACGAAACCGGAACGAAGAUCUACCUGAUCCUGGAGUACGUCCAGGGAGGAGACCUCUUUGAUGCCAUCUUGGAAAGCGUCAAGUUCACGGAACACGACGCGGCCCUCAUGCUCACCGACCUGUGCGAGGCCCUCGUCCACAUGCAUGACAAGAACAUCGUCCACCGCGACCUCAAACCGGAAAACCUCUUGGUUCAGCGCAACGCAGACAAAUCUACCACACUCAAACUGGCUGAUUUUGGCCUCGCCAAGUACGUCGUGAAGCCCAUAUUCACCGUGUGUGGGACUCCAACUUAUGUGGCCCCUGAAAUUCUUGCCGAGAAAGGCUACGGGCUGGAGGUGGACAUGUGGGCGGCUGGUGUCGUCCUCUACAUCCUCCUGUGUGGCUUCCCCCCAUUCCGCAGCCAGGAGCGAGACCAAGACCAGCUGUUCAACAUCAUCCAGCAAGGCCAGUUUGAGUUUCUCUCCCCCUACUGGGACAACAUCUCUGAAGCCGCCAAAGAUCUGGUCAGCAGACUUCUGGUGGUAGACCCCCAAAAACGCUACUCUGCCCACCGAGUCCUUCAACACCCCUGGAUCCAAACUGCCGGCAAGGCCAACAGCGUCGACCUACACCGGGAGGUGACGACCAACAUCGAGCGCCACUUCCGGAGCCAACCUAAGCAUGACCGAGGGGGAAACACGUAAAGCUGGCCGGGUACCUGUUCGACGAGAUGGGGAGGAAAUGAGGGACAGAAGGGGUAGAGCAUGGGACAAGGAGACACACAGAGAGAGAGAGAAACAGA